AAGUUAAGAUCGGAAUGUUUUUUUUUUUUUUUUUUUGGCAAUCGAAAUGUUGCUAUAAAAGCAAGAUUUGCGUAGCUACUUUCAUAUUUCAUAAAUUAAGAUGGGUUCAACACAGUUAGGAGCCAAAGAACUCCAUGCAGUCUGCGUCCCUUUCCCAGCACAAGGCCAUGUUAACCCCAUGAUGCAAUUAGCCAAGCUUCUGCACUCCAGGGGAUUCCGCAUAACAUUUGUCAACACCGAGUUCAACCACCGGCGUUUAAUCCGGUCCAGAGGUUCUGACUCGGUCAAAGGACUACCGGACUUCCAAUUCGAGACCAUACCGGACGGGUUGCCACCUUCAGAUAAAGAUGCAACACAAGAUGUCCCGGCUUUAUGUGACUCCACCAGGAAAACAUGUCUAGGCCCUUUUAAGGAGCUGGUGACUAAGCUCAAUUCUUCAUCUGAAGUGCCACAGAUUACUUGUAUAAUUUCUGAUGGUAUCACGGGAUUUGGGAGGGAAGUUGCUAAGGAACUAGGGAUUCCUGAGGUUCAGUUUUGGACUGCUUCUGCUUGUGGCUUCAUGGCGUACCUGCAAUACAGCGAACUUGUUAAACGAGGCAUUGUUCCAUUCAAAGAAAUGGAUAGGCUUCUCUAUGUAAGGCUGGCCACUAAGGUUCAUUUGCAGAAUUGCAGGGAACGUGGGUGGGGGUUCUUGGGCCUUUGUCAUGUAGAACGAGUAGAUCUUAAUGGCAGGCUCUACGUACAUUGGAUAGUCUCUCCUAAGUUUUGCUCCUACUCUUGGCUUUCAAUUAAGCAACCUGUUCUCCCUCUCAUAUUGUCAUCUUUGCAUGUACUUAUACUUCAGUAUGAAAGUUUCAUGCAAGAUGGUACACUCGAUAAGCCAAUUGAUUGGAUCCCAGGCAUGAAGAAUAUGAGGCUCAAGGACAUCCCUAGCUUCAUCAGAGUCACUGAUGUCAAAGACAUAAUGUUCGACUUCUUGGGAUCCGAAGCACAAAACUGCUUGAAAUCCUCUGCAAUCAUCCUCAACACGUUUGAUGAAUUUGAGCAUGAAGUGUUAGAAGAAAUCUUAGCCAUGUUUCCCAACAUUUAUACAACAGGUCCACUUGCUUUGCUUGGUAGGCACGUGCCUGAAAACAAAUUGGUCAAGUCCCUCAGCUCAGGCUUAUGGAAAGAAGAUGCAAAAUGCCUCGAAUGGCUUGACAAACAGAAACCCGAUUCGGUUGUGUAUGUGAAUUAUGGGAGCGUAACUAUGAUGACAGACCAACAUUUGAAAGAAUUUGCAUGGGGGCUUGCAAAUAGCAAGCACCCUUUUUUGUGGAUUGUUAGGCCUGAUGUGGUAAAAGGGGAUUCAGUUCUCUUACCCGAAGAAUUUUUCGAGGAGAUUAAGGAUAGGGGUUACAUAGUAAGUUGGUGUCCACAGGGGCAAGUGCUAGCACAUCCAUCAGUCGGGGUUUUUCUAACACAUUGUGGUUGGAAUUCUACUAUUGAAACUAUAUCAGAGGGUGUGCCUGUAAUUUGCUGGCCUUUCUUUGCUGAGCAACAGACGAAUUGUCGUUUCCUGUGUACUGAUUGGGGAAUAGGUAUGGAGGUAAACAAUGAUGUUAAGCGCGACGAGAUUGAAGCGCUUGUUAAGGAAAUGCUAGAAGGGCAAAAAGGCAUGAAGAUGAAGCAAAAGGCAAAGGAAUGGAAAAAGAAAGCAAAAGAAGCUACUGCUAUUGGAGGAUCAUCUUACAAUAAUUUUGACAAAUUUAUUAAGGAGGCUCUGCAGAAGGAAUAACUUUGAUCCUUAUUUCUAAGAACUGAUCAAAAAAUGUUUAGCAAAUCUUUUGAUGUCACCUUUGGCUUAUGAAUAAAAUCAAUGUUUCUUUCCUCUUUGUCUUUGUAUUUGUAAUCAACUCAAGAUUGCUUUGGCAAAUUUAAGAACAACCCCAAAGCAGAAAUGAAGAUUACUUUGCUCUA